AUGAGGGAUGAGGUGUGUGUAUCUGUGUGCAUUGGGAGGGAGAGAAAUAUGGGGAAGAAAGAGUCUUCGAGGUCUGUUUUGUAUCUUAAUGGUGAUAGGCUGGGGCUAGUUCAAGGCCAUCAUUAGCGAACAUCUCUGUUCAAAAGCUUUGAUUUUUUCAACAUUAAAGUCUUCAAAUAUCAGAAAUUAAUUAAUAGAGGGGUGGGUUACAGUCUUGCUCGUUUUUGUUUCUUCUCUGCUGCUGCUCGCGAUUGCACAGAUUUAGGUUUUUAGAGAGAGAGGGAGAGGAUGUGUUUUCUCUCUGUUUAUGUUGUGGGACUUUUCUGUCUACUGUGUUUUUAUUUUUUCUCACUUUCCCAGAAGUGUCACAUCUGCCCACUUCGAUGAUUCUGUUUCCAUCACUUGUUUGAUUCCAAAAGUUUAGACUUUGUGAUCUGUGCCCCAUUCUCCAGAUUUCUUUCUCCUCUUCGUUCUGAUCUGGGCUCUCUCUUAUUUCUGGGCAAAAUAUUUGAGAGAGAUCAAGAAAAUGGUGGGGGUGAGGAAUUAAGUAGUUGCUGUUGCUGUUUGUUCAUCUUUUGAUUUACUUAUUAUUGUUCUUUAUCCUCUUGUUUGUUGGUUUUCGUUUUGACAAAAGAAAGAAAUUACUAAAAGAAUAGAAUUUUUUUUAGAGUAGUUGAGUCAUUAGGGAUGGAGGAGGAUCAAGAACUGAGGUUUGUUUGCAAGUUGUGCAACAAGAAGUACCCAUGUGGGAAGUCCUUGGGGGGUCACAUGAGGUCUCACGUGGUUGCAAAUUCUGCUGAAUCUGAGGAGAAAACUUCCAUCGCCAUUGCUGAUCCUCACCCUCACCUUCACCCUCCCCCUCCCAAGGUUCCUUCUUCUCCAUUCUUUUCUGCUGCUGCAAUGAAUCAUGAAUCUUUUGGGCUUAUUGGGCAGCAGCAGCAAUCCAACUAUGGCCUGAGAGAGAAUCCCAGAAAAACUUGGAGGGCUGUGGAUGCAACUUUCCCUUUGCCACAAGAAAGAGUCUGCAAGCAAUGUGGCAAAGGAUUUCAAUCACUGAAAGCACUCUGUGGCCAUAUGGCUUCCCAUUCCGACAGGGACAAGCCUGCUUUCCUUAAAGAUGAUCAUUCUUGGACCAGUGAAACUCAUAAGCUCGCCGUCGAUAGCCAUUCCGACACUGAGGAGCCCAACGCCGCCGCCGAGGAUCGGGUGCUCAUCCGGACCAGAUCAUCUAAGGCUAAUAACAAGUGCAAGAAGAUCGUUGUCAAGUCCUCUUCUUUCACUACUUUAGCAGCAGCUAACAAUGGCUCGUCUUCUGUUUCGGAGAUCGAUGGGGACGAGCAAGAGGAGGUUGCUAUUUGCUUGAUGCUGCUGUCGAGAGAUUCUGGGAAUAAGGGAGGUGUGAAUUCUGUCGUCGAAUCAUCGGACAACAACUCUGUUAUCUUCGAAACUAAGUCAUCUAAAGCUAAGAUCGUUAACAAGAUUGGAGGGGAUGAUUAUGAUGCUGAAAUGGCUGAGAUGGAGAAUUCUGAUUCUGGAUACUUCUUGGACGAAUGUGGCAAAGCUGAAUCCGAUGUAUCCGUCGACGGAUUCCGGCGAUACAGCAAGCCUCCGGACAGCCCUGCUGAAUUCAGACAAGGCUACAGCAGAGACAGAGGCUGCUACUACAGAGCUAAGCAAAAAUACAACGACGAAGAAGAUGAGCGAAGGAGAAGCAGCUGUGUUUCUCAGGACAACCUCGGUAGCUGCAGCACUUACAAGAAAAGCAAGUAUGAAUGCUUCAACUGUAAGAAGAUUUUUAAGUCCUACCAAGCUCUCGGCGGCCACAGGCCGUGCCACAAGCGUAGCACCGUGUACUGCGAAUCCCAGUACAGCGGCGACAACAGCCAAGACGAUGACGAUGAUGAUGAUGAAGACGACGACGAUGAUGACGACUCUGCUGAAUUCGUUAAGGUUGUCGAGAACCGGAAAUCGAGCGCCAAGAAGCCAUCAUCGAAAAACUACGUCGACAAGAAGAACAGCAAGGCUAAAAAGAACAAGGGACAUGUUUGCCCAUUCUGCAACAGGAUAUUCAAGAAUGGCCAGGCCUUAGGUGGUCACAAAAGGUCGCAUUUCAUCGGCGGACAUAACCACGAGCUACAUAACAGUCGAGCUCCUGCAGCAAAGCCUGAUUUGCUCGAUCUCAAUCUUCCUGCGCCGGAGGAAGACGGAAACAAUGGGAGUGGCCAAUUCUCGCCGUGGUAGUUUGCGCCGAUCAUGAACAGAGCCGCCGAUCUUCUUGGCAAUGCAAGAGAGAUGGCUGCUCUAAGAAAGACAAAAAACAUCUACGGACAGCAACAAUGUCAAGCUCCUCGGCGGAGUCGAACAGACAAGAAGAACAUCAGCUGAUAAUACUGUAAGCAGAAUUCAUGAAUUCAUUACCUAAUGAGCCAAAAAAGUUUUGCAGACUUCAAAUUUAAAUUGCUGACAUUACAUCAUUUGUUAGCACAUAAGUUCUUAGAUAGCAAAGCAUUGAUGAUUAAGAUUCCUGCUAGCCUUUAUUUGCACCCCGUUAUCAAAAAAAUUAAGUAUUCUGGUUUUGCUGA